AUGUUGGGCACUUCGUUCUUUAAGCAAACGGAAUGGACCUUCACCAUUCCUGGUGCUGCUGAUUUCGAGCCCCGUGCAGCUCGUAACUGCAUGUGGGCGCGAGCUCUUCAUUACAUGCCUCUACCCGGCGAAUUAUCUGGAGCACUGGUAGGACUAUCCCCUCCAGCCACGGGCGAUGCCAUCGAGAAGGGCAUCCUCCCGUCCGCCAACAAUGGCCGUAUUCACCUACGAGCGAAAGUAGCCGUCUACCACCUUACCCUCUCUCGAGCAACGGCAAGCCUCGCAAAUGGCGUUUUUUACCUCAGCAUCUUCAUCGCCGAACUCUCCGGCAUCAUUAUAUUUGCCGUCAUCUACGCCAUCGGUCGAUCACUCUGGUGUCUCAUCUGGCUGGCCCCGCUACUCCUCCGCCUCUUGAGCGCCUUCUUCGCCCUCGACUGCGAGCCUCUCACCCCUAUAUCCUCCAUCUCAUCGCCAUUUACCACGCCGACGAUCGAAGCCGGAUCAAGUCGUGAUUUCGUCCUCCACUUCCCCCAAUCCCAAAGCGGCGACUUCAUGCUGUUCACAGGUCUCCCAGCCCUCGUAUAA